AUGAGUCCAUUUUUUACAAUAUAUGGUGGAAUAUUAUUAAUAUUACAAUAUAUAAGUAGCUUUAAAAUAAGUUUUGAUCAAUUUAAAUUUGCCUAUGAUCGUCGUACAAUGGAACAAAUUGGUAUAAAAAUAAAUGAUUAUUCUCCAGCAUUUAUUUCAUUAUUUGUUAAAAUUUCAUUUGAAUUUUGGCGAAGAACAGCAUAUACAUUUCAUUUAAUUAUUGUUAUCUAUUCAAUGAUUAUUUUAAUUGGAUUAUAUAUUUAUCAAUUUCAACGAGUUAAUAUAUUUUUAUCGUCAAAAAUUAGUAAAGAAUUACUUGCAUUCAUCGGACUUGAAAUUGUUGCAUCAGAAGUUUUGGCUAUUAAAUUAUUGACACCAAGUAUAUUUCUUUUUGUUAAUAUCAUGCAACUAUAUUAUUUUCAUUCUGACUGGAUGAAAUUAAUUACAAUGCCCAAGUAAUUGUCUUAAAUAACUUAAAGAAUUCAAAACAAUACCCGAUUAAACAAGCGGACUCAUAUAACAGAACUGAAACACUUUACUACUCAUAACGAACGUUUCCAAGGAGAUUAAUUACUUUUGUAUUUAAGACAAUGUGCACUGUGUAGACCUUAAUGAAUUAUGAAUGUCUGAAAAGAGUUCAUGUUAUUAGAUUAAUUGAAGUCAUUGUCGUUCUCAGACAGAUUCGAAAAACUGAUUGCUGAAAUUCGAAUUGCAAUUUCAUACAAAGAUAGACCUUAAAUGAAAUAGUUUGUUUUAAAAGUUUUACAUCUAUUCAUUGCUUCCAUGUUAAGAUACAACUAUAGUAAAAGUGCGUCUUUUAUAUCGUUCAUAAGACAUAUCUAUUUUUGUGCGAAAUUUCUGGUCUUUCUGUGAAACGAUGGCGUUGGUUUAAAAAAUGCAGUAACCAGACAAUAAUAAACUGAAAGCGUGAACUCAUUAAGAUCUACAUGAUGCACAUUGUCCCAACUGACUCAAUUAUCACGAUUAGUGUGUAAAUAUAUAAGAUAACUCGAAUCAAAGAAUUUGUAUACUUCUUUUGUUUAAUUUUUAAUUGAUUAUUUAACAGAAAAAAUGAAGUUCAUAUAUACUCUGGUCAAACAAUUCAUAGUUAGAUCAUUUAGUAAAAAUUAAUAUUGAAUAAGAAACUCAUACUUUCUGCUAAUUGUACAAUAUUAUAAUAGGACCUAUGUGAAAUCAGAAAUUGAUACGUGGCUUGUCGGUAGGUAACGCACUCACGUUUUGUCAAUUUUCAAUCCAUUUUUCUUGAUAACAACAAAGAGUAUGGCCUUAAAAUUUAGAGUACAUGUCUAUAUUAUAAAACACUUUAACAUUUGUGAGUUUCAUUCAAAUUGAUUAUGUGGUUCACCUUUUAUACUAAAAAUACAUGCCGGUAACGCACUCACAAAAAAGGCCCUCCGUCAUUUGGGUGACAUGGGAACUUGUAAAAUUUCUGCGAAUGCUUAAAUUGUAAAUACACUGAGUAAAGUGUAAUUUAUAGAGGACAGUUAGGGCUCUCUAUAUGAAAAAAUAGUUUCGAAGUCUGUUGUGUUUUUGAGAAGUUAUACUAUAAAUAUUGCGAUAACGCACUCAUAUUUCAUUUUCUGACCAUUUAUUCUUGUUGCCUUAUUACUUUCUUUCAUACUUGAUAGGGUAAGGAAAGCUCAAUUUUCUUUCAUUUUCGAAGUAUUACGAGUUUUCACGUUGAAAUACGAACAUGGCUCACUGCGUCUCCCAGAGCUUUAGAGUAGCAACUGUUAAAAAAGAACAUCCUUCAUAUAGUUCAUCAGAACCUUGUGAUAUAUCAUUCUCCUCCCGCCACACGUAG